CAAAAAGGUUGGGAGAGCCACUUUAAAUAAAUGGGGCGUGCCUGGGCUCGAACAAAGCGAAGGUCCGAAGGUGUUGGCUACAGUUGCAAAAGGUAAACAAAGAGGAGAUGGCUGAUUAUCAAGUUAAAGUAGCCGGAGGAGACACGGUGGUACAACAGCCAACACAGACGUCCGAUGCUGAAAAUUAUGUGUUGAACUUAGACCACGAAGAAGUAAAAAGUAAGGCACUAAAAUAUUUAGACUUGGGGGUGUUUUAUAUGAGCUGUGAUUGUUGCCAUGUUCAAACUUUACGACAAAUUUUAUAUAUCUCAAGACUAAAGUCUGAUCUAUUUCAAAUGUUAUAGCCCUGUGAGGCGUGAAAUAAACGAAGUUAGCCCAACUGAGAGCUCGUAUAUGCAGUCAAAAAUUAUUUAUUUCCUUCAUGGCCUCGUAUCCUAUAUCACGAAACUUCUAACAAAUCCAUUGGGAAAAAAUCACGCUAUAUAUUUGUGUUUUUUGUACACAAGCAUUGUUGCAAAUAUAUUUUGAUCUUUAAAGAUCAUAGAAUACAUGCACCCAAAGUUGUUUCCAAAUAGGAGCGGUUCUCUGCAGUUUUAAAAAUGUUCCUAGUUCAAUAAUCUUGAAGGCUGCAAUGUUUAAUAAUAUUUUGCAUAUCAUUGCAACUACAUAGUAUAUAACCGAAUCAAAGUAGCAGAAAAUCGGUUAUUUCUGAGGCCUAAAUACUUAAAUUUACGGAUUUACCCGUUAAAUCUCCUUCUGUUUGUUGUGAAAGACGAUCUUUGUAAUAUUGUUUGUAUGUUUGAGUUUUAUUUUCCGCUUUCUAUAAAGUGCAUGCAUGGGCAAAGCUUGAAAGGAAUUCCUGCGAUGCCAGCGCUGUUAUGUAUGUAUCUAGAACGUUCUUUUGGUCUUUUUAAUAUUAAAUCUCGGCCAUCUUCAGAUGGGAAAAACAUGUAUAUAAAAUGAAUCUUAACUAGUAUUUAAAUGUAACAAAUUACUAUAAAUUUCUGGUUGUAAUUGCUACUAUGAAAGCAGUUAAUUAUUAACCAGACAAAGUUAAUAUGUAAUUGUACUUUAUCAAAAUAUUUUAUUUUCUCACAAGUUGAUGAAAUUUUUGAAACAAUAUAUUGAUAGCUAAAAAAGUAAAGUAAAGUAAAGACAUGUGCUUUUCACAUAACUGCUUUCACAAGCAGGCUUAGUUUUAUUCUGUCUAUUAAAAUCUGCCUAAAACAACAUAAAAUUGCCUAAAGCUGUCACCACUGAAAAAAGUGCAUUUCUUGCCAAUAUUGUGUCAGCACUUGCCAAGCUGAAACAAAUAAACAGAUUUGCUGGACCAAUCAUGACUCACAAAUAGCAGCCAUCAUCUUAUUCUGGAUGGGGCAUAUUCUUUUCAUUAUUACCCUGGAUUCCAGAGCCUUUGACAGUAAAUAAUAAAUUGAAAUGUCUCGAAGGCUCUGGUUCAAUGGGAAGAUUCUCUACUAAAACCACUAAUUCUGUUUUGUGAUUGGUGCGGUUUAAUCAAAGAAUCUUCCCGUUGAACCAGAGCCUUCGGGACGUUUCAAUUUAUUAUUUACUGUCGAAGGCUCUGGAAUCCAGGGUAUUUCAUUAUGGGACUAGUUCUAAACUAGAACAAAAUUAUUUAUUAUAGCAUGGUCCCCACAGAAAGUAGCUGAUGAAUUUCUGAGGAACAUUGGCUUGCAGUAUUUGGGCGAACAAUUUGUUGGUAAUAAGAUUGGAGGAAACAUAUUAGCUUGCUUGACUGAGGUAUGGUAUAUUACCAAUAUUGUGGAUGCUUUCUGUCACAGGAAAAACAUAUAGUGGAUGUACCUUCCUCUCGCACAAACAUGUCAUGUUUUCAUAACAGUACAACUUCGAUCCUGCCGGAUAUUUUGAUGUGAACACAUGGACUAUUUCUGUGCACAAGGAAGCAUUUGUGACAUUACUUUGGCUAUAAUAAUAAAAAAGCAAUUUCAUACACAACUAAAAAUCUCACUCAUUUAUCAAUCAUCUUAUUUUUUGCAAUAUACAUUUCACCCAAAGACCAAUGUGUAACUUUAUUUUUGUAGUCUCAUUUAAAAGAAAUGGGCGUGUCAGUUCUGGGGGAUAGGAUAUUCCUCCUUGAAAUGGUGUCAUACUUGAAGAGAAAGAAGAUCGAUGUAGCUCGUUCCCAGGCUCUGUGGACAGGACAGACGCCUGCGGCAGGUUGCCCGUACAAGAGGAACUGCACUGAACUUUGUUGUCCAGAUGUCUUUUAUGGACCCACCAGAUGGAGGGUGACUGGUCAGGGAAUUUUCUACAAAGACGAACCAUCUUGCUGUUUCUGUUGUGGAACAGGUCUGAUACUCGAGUAUUUUUCUCAUAGACACAUUUACUAUUUUCACUCGGUUUUUAUCCUACAAUGAUUGGAAGUUUUUCUGCAAUUAUUAGCCUCUUUCUGCUGUCAAAUUAAACAUUAUCUCACAGGCUUUUACUUAGAAGGGCGUCCAGGCAUCCUGGGAUGCCCUACAAUGAAAAACGGACGCCUUUGGAUGCCUAAAUUUUUUUAUUUUU